UUGCAAUAUUCAACAAUGUACUCACUUCUUGUGCUUCCACGGGGCAGUGCUAAACAACUGCUGUCGCCUUCGAGACGGUACAGCGCCCAGAAAAGUACAACCUCCAAAAGGAACCGGCUGACAGCGGGUUUAACCUCAACAAAAACAGCACAACACACGACUGCGACUGCGUCUGCAAGAACUUUGAGAGAAGCUCGAGACCAGUUGCGAUUGUGGAGAGAAGAAAAUGAAAGACGGAGUUUAGAAGUAGUUGACCUGUGGGAUACUCAUCUACAAAGCAACAUCCACAAAUUAGGAGAUGAAAGGCUUCUUGUAUGGGAGCAAGUUUGCAUUGCUGCUCUAGACUGUAAUCGUAUUGAUGUUGUGGACAUCUGUUUGGUUUCUCUGGCAAAUGAAUUUCCAUCGAGCAUGCGCGUACGCAAAUUACAGGCUAUGAAAUUGGAAGCAUUGGAGAAGUACGAUGAAGCUCUUGAAUUGCUAGAUCAGAUCAUCAAAAGAGAUGAAACCAAUGCUGCUCCUCGAAAAAGAAGAGUUGCAAUUUUAAAGGCCAAGGGGAAAAUUGUUGAUGCAGUCAAAGAGUUGAAUGAGUACCUAAAAAAGUUUAUGAGUGAUCAAGAGGCUUGGCAAGAACUAUGUGAGUUGUACCUUCUUGAGCAAGAUUAUGCAAAGGCUGCCUUUUGUAUGGAGGAGCUAGUGCUUCAUAAUCCACAUAAUCAUCUUGUACAUCAACGUUAUGCAGAUAUUAAAUACACCCAGGGAGGUUUGGAAAAUAUAGAGGUGGCUCGUGCACAUUACUGUCUGGCUUUGAAGCUUAACCAGAACAACAUGAGAGCUCUCUAUGGACUCCUUUUGGCUGCCACCAACGUUUCAACAAUGACAAAAGGGUUGACAGCACCGAAAAAAAAGGAAUGCAGUAAAUUGAUUGCAUGGGCUAGUCAGCAGAUUCGUAACAGAUAUGAAGAAGCAGCAGGACAUUCUGCUGAGAAAGAGCUCGAAGCAUUGGAUAGUGUGUUGGGUGCCCUUCAAAUCAGUGGCCUUUCAGCAUAGUCAUAAACAGUAAGCAAGAAAAAUACUCUCACUGCAACAAAUUGUUUGCAUGAAACAUUUAUACAACUAUCUUUUAAGAUCACUACUUGGAGUCAAUGCCUUGUUUGAGUGCAUUCAAUUAACUUCAUUAUCCAUUUUAAUUGACUUGUUUUAUGGUUGCAAUUCUUUAAAGACAAAAAAAAAAUUGAAAAUUUGUUUAUAAUUAUUGAAAGAUUUUGUACAUCAAGUGUCUAUAAAUAAAAUACAAGUUGUUGUUUUUUUGUAAA